GCGGUGUGCACUCGCAGUCAGUGUCGUCGCUCGCUCGCCCGCUCGCACGAUCGCGCUCGCAGAGCAGCUCAUUAUUUCGUCGUCGUUUUGUCCAGAGCAAACAUGGAUUGUCGGCGCCGCGCCGCGAGUUUCGUCGCUGAAGUGUGAUCAUCGCUCGCGCGACCAGUCGAUCGAGCUAAUCGACGACCGAGCCGAGACUCGCGAGAGUCAGGUGCGCGAAGAGCCCGUCGAGUGCGAGUAAACCAUGCGGAUAAACUGUCCGUCGAGCGACCUCUCCGGGAGCCGCAGCUGACGUCGCCCGGCGCGUUGUGACUAGUGAUACAAGGUGUGACACAGCGACUCUCUCGCGCGGGGCUGCCGCGGGACACCCUCAGCGACGGUAUUUCCAGAAAGUGCUCGUGCUCAAAGUGAUCAGCAAGUAACGCGCCGUCGAUGACGAUGAGCCUCGCCGCCUGAAGCCUCGGCCGGAGCAUCGAAGCCGGAGCAAGCAGCGAGUUCGCGGGCGAUCGGAGAGGCGAGCGCGGCGAUAGAAGGAGGAGGCUGCGGCGACUCUAGCGGGUCGCGUGUCGCUUGGUGGAGCUCCGGGGCGCCACGACGACGCUCAACUUCACGGACCUGGGGAGCCCAUUCGGGGCGGGCGACCCCUGUCCGUCGAGCACCCCGACCCCGAACAGCAUGUCAGGCGGGGGCGCCGGAGGCGGGGCGGGCAGCGGGCCGUCGGCCGCCGGCAACGGGCCCCCCAACCAAGCCACCCCCCAGAGCGCGGCCUCGGACCUGGAGCAGCAGCUGGCCGGCCACCACGGCAUGGGCUCGGUCACGCCGGGCCCCGGCGGCAACGGCCCCGACAGCGCCUCCAGCACGCCCGUCUCGCAGACCGGCAAGUCCGCCUUCAUCGAGCUGCAGCACAACAACAUCUACAACCCCGGCGGGCUGCGCGCCGCCGCGGCCUACCCGCACAACGUGCCCGCCGGCGCCCACCAGUUCUCCCAGCACGUGCACCAGCCCGGCCAGCCGGGCCAGCAGCAGCACGGCCCGGAGGCCGGCUUUCCCAGCCCCAGGAGCGCCCUCAGCUCCUAUCCGUUCGGGCCCAUGCACCAGCACAACGCCUACAGCGCCUACCACCUGGGCUCCUACGCGCCCCAGUGCCCCUCGCCGCCCAAGGACGGCGAGUACCAAAACUACCUCUCGCCGUUGGACAACAAGAGCGGCAUCGUGGACGAGCUUGGGGGCGGCGGCGGUGGGUCUCUAAGAAACGGCAAAGGCAAGAAGAUGCGCAAACCCCGGACGAUUUACAGCAGUUUGCAGCUGCAGCAGUUGAACAGGCGGUUCCAGCGGACGCAGUACCUGGCGUUACCCGAACGUGCCGAACUCGCGGCGAGCCUCGGGCUCACGCAGACACAGGUCAAAAUUUGGUUUCAAAACAGAAGGAGCAAGUACAAGAAGAUGAUGAAGGCAGCGCAACAGGGCGGCGGCGGUCAGCACGGCAGCCUACUCGCCGGUGGCACUGCGCUACCCGGCGGUCCGUCGCCGCAGCCCGGGCAGCCCGGUGGUCUCAUGCAAGGAGGUGGAGGAAGCUCGGUGUCGGGCAGCCCGACGACGGGUUACCUGGGCGGCAUGGGAGGCGGCGGCGGCCACACGCCGGGCAGCUCGAGCCCGGGCAGCGAGAUGUCGCCUCAGCACAACGAGAGUCCCCCGGCGCCCGCAUGGCCCGGCGAAAUGAAGCACCAUCCCCAUCCGCACGCGCCGCCCCACAGCCAUCACCAUCCGCACACGCCGGGGCACCAUCCGCCCCCGCCACCACCGCCUCCGCACCACGCCGGCUACAUGCCACAGUACUCUUGGUACCAGGCCGACCCCAAUCCCGGAUUGCUCACGGUGUGGCCGGCAGUUUAACGAAGCCGCCUGUUGUCCGGAACUUCAGUUUGAAAAGUGAAAGAGCGAGGCCUGCCUGAAAAGGAGAGGAAGCGUACGGUCGCCAGUGUCGCGCGCGCUGGCCAUCGCGCGUAUGCACGCGCAUCGCGAGAGAGAAGGAGGCAAUUUUGACGGAAACGAACGGAAACUCUGCAGCCAUCGUGUACCUAUGAUAUACGCCAACCAGUGCUGAUUAUAAAUAUUAUACAUAAGGCAAAGCUGCAGCUUCACUCGCCAAGCCGCGGCAGCGAAGUGUGAUCUCGUGAAUCGCGUACUAUAGCUAAAAAUGGAAGCGACGUCUUUUUAGGCGAAUCACCACCGAUACACAUGGACAUGCAUCCACAGACUAACCAACCAACAAACAUGAAUAGUGAAACACACACACACACACACUCACCCACGCAUACACACACACACACAGAGAAGUGACGUGGCGCGAGUCACGGACAAUCAAUGCGUGUACCAACGAAUUAUCUGGCGUGUGGUAUGAUGAUAUAUUAAUGUACAAAAGCGAGAGCGAGAGAGAGAGCGCGAGUAGACACUUGAGAGAAUGUGUUGUCUUGUCUGUUUUUGCAUUCUGAAGGAAUUUCUUCGUUUUGUACGUAGGGAACGACGAACCUCGACGAACCGUUCGCGAAAAUGACGCUCGUCACUCCGCGUUUCUGUCUCUCUCUCUCUCUUUCCUCUUUCUCUCUGCUCGCGAAUGCAUUUCUGUUCUUUUUUUUCGUUUAGCGGUUGUGCCGAGGAUCGCGUGCAUACGUGCGCACUGGUAGAAGAAAUAACGCCUUGGAUUCCAUUGUAAAUUUUUCAAAAAAAAAAAAAGAAAAAAAGGAAAAGAAAAAGAAGAAUCAGAAAAAAUAGUAAUAAGAACGAAAGGAAAAAAAUGGCAUUGCGCACUGGGGAGAGAAACGCAGGCGGCGAGUUGCCUCAGAAUCGUGACUUCGGCCCGCGAAAAAUGAGAGUUGCACAAAAUCUUCUUCGGCUUCUGUGCAACAGCGCGUAAUGACAUUUUCGUGAGCCGUCUGUGGCAACAGCCGGCAAGAGUGACGCAACGAUCCGCGAGAUGGAAGGAAGAGGCUGCAGCUACCGACUGCCGCUGCGGGGGUUUCGGCUUUGAUAUCGCGAAGCGAAUCACGGCGAAAAAUAAAGUGGCGGCGCGAGUCGGCUCGAGGUUGACCCAAUUGUCACUCUCGAGACUCUCGAAAACUGCCGGUCCCUUUCUUCUCUCGCCGCGUGUACGUGUAUUUGUUUCUUUCUCCUCUGUGUCGCGCUGCGCACGGAGAAAUCGGCAAUUUCAUAUUGAGAGCACCUUGCGAGAGCGCGACGUCAAAUUGAUAGCUGCUUAUUUUGUUUUAUCUUCCUUUCCUCGUGUAAAAAGUUUGGUUGGACUUGUAAUUUUCGAGCGCUCAAGUGAUAUAAACGUGCGGCUGCAGGCGAGUGAGUGAGUGAGAGUGGUCCGUGCCGCUCGCGUCGACAAUUUGCUCGCCAUCUCUUUCGCGUGUAAGAUGUACAUUGUGUCUCCCUAGAGCUGCUACCGCGAAUCGACAAGUGAUAUUGUGAAUGUCGCGAGCUGUAUAAAGAUUUGAGGUGAGGCAAUUCGCUCUCGGACGGAGGCGUGGUGCAGCGAGGGCGCUGUAUUUCGGUGCAAUAAAUAAUUAAACUUGACGAGAAAGAGCGAUUCGUUUCUAUAAUGAUCGAAGACUCUUUAGUUCCUACAUACACGAUGAAAGAGAGAGAUCGCGAGCGGAUGAAUAAAUGCGUAUGUGAAUAAACAAUUGUGCGAAAAAUGGAGAGAAAGAGGAAAGAGGAGUUGCGGAACGAGUCGUAGAAUUUUAAAUAGCGUUACUAGUCCCGGCGCCAAUCUCUGAGGAGCGAAUCGAUUUGACAAUUCGAUUUCGAUUUCAAACUGCGUGUAAAUAUUAUUAUAUAUUAAUUGAGCGUCGGGACCAAGUUCCCCUCAAAAACCCUUAAAAUUUCAACCCCGUCCCUCCCCCCUUCUAGCAAGUAAGUUGUAAGUGGAUCUGUGUAAAAUAUAAUAUUGUGAUAAGAAAUGUAAAAAAAAUAAAAAAUACACACUACACAUACAUUCACGCAAGAAUUAUGGAUGAAAAUGAAAAACAGCGAUUCGUUAUUCUAUUUAGGAGAAAGUAUGGACAACAGCUUCGUUCCCUAAUUAUCGAUUUUACCGAGAACGACCCUUGUACGAAAUAUAGAUUACGAACUACCUUA